AUGUUCCGCAUCGCCCGUCAGGGAGCAUUGUUUCUCAUCCGCCCCCGACCCAUCCAUCACAAUACCAUUUUACGCUUAUCCCAGCAUCAUUCAGCAUUUCACAAUCACUAUCCACUCUCUCUUGAUAUGGAGGACUCCUUCUUUGACGACUCCCACCCAGCCCAUGCCGACGUUGCCGUCGCGCAGCCCGACGAUGGCGAAAUCCCAGAGGGCUUAGUAUCGGCAAGACGUGAGAAGUUCACGAGGCGAUCCUCCCACCGUGUGGCAGGUCGCAUGCCAUCGCCGCAGGACGCGAGGGAACGCGAGAGCACUUGGUUCGGCUAG